AUGGAGACAAUUCUUGGUGGUCUCAACAAAGCCCAACGUGAAGCAGUCACUGCACCGGGCCAGGGCCGGUUGCAAAUCAUCGCAGGUCCAGGCACAGGUAAAACAAAAGUAUUGGUAUCUAGAGUUGCAUAUUUAUUGAUUCAAGAGAAAAUAGAUCCGCAAUGUAUAAUUGUAACCACAUUCACCAAAAAGGCUGCUGCUGAAAUGAUACAAAGACUUCUGGAGAUUCUUAAGGACAGUCCUGUAGAUCUUUCAAAAUUAAUCAUUGGAACUUUCCACAGUAUUUGUUUCCGAAUAAUUAUGGCAUAUGGGAAACUUAUAGGAGUAACUAAUAAUUAUAAAAUUGCAGAUGAACGAGAUUCAAAUCAAAUCUUACAAGAAACGUUUCAUAGAGAGACUUUUAUUGGCAAGGAUGCAGAGAUGUAUAAGACUUCAAAUUCUCAAUUUGAUGUACGGGCUAUUAAAAGGAAAUUAUCCAGCUUAAAGGCAAAGGGGGUAACUCCAGAUACAUAUGCUCAGGAUGAACCCAAGAAGUGGAAUAGAUUUAUUCGCAAGGUAUAUACUUGUUAUCAAGAAAGACUUCUGGAUAAUAAAUUAUUAGACUUUGAUGACUGUCUUCUCACUUGUUUUGAAUUAAUUUCGAAGCACCCAGUGAUGUCAUUUAUUAAACAUGUACUAGUUGACGAAUUCCAGGAUACAAAUGAAAUCCAACUUCAACUAAUGUACCAAUUGGCACAAAAUAAUGUUACGGUAGUUGGAGAUCCAGAUCAAAGUAUUUAUGCAUUUAGAGAUGCACAAGCUACAAAUUUUCAAAGCAUGCGUCAAUAUUAUCCUUCUAUCAAUAUAAUAUCUUUAACUGAAAACUAUAGAUCGACUCUGGAUAUAUUGAAUAUUUCAGAAAGGAUAAUGAGCCAGCAACGGGAUGGUAGAGUUUCCAAAUUACUUAAUUCUCAAAUGCGACAAUCAUUCGCACCAGUGUACCACCUAUUACCAUCUCAAGAGCAAGAAGCAAGAUGGAUAUCAUAUCAAGUUGAACUCCUCAUGAAUUUACCUAACCAUCCCUUUAAGCCAAAUGAUAUUGCUAUCUUAUUCCGUUCGGGGUAUCAAACGAGAAUCGUGGAGAAUGAAUUAGUAAGACGGAACAUUUCGUAUACGAUGGUCCGUGGUAAGGCCUUUUGGGAUCGAAAGGAAGUUCUUUCUAUCUUGUACUAUCUCCGAGUGGUUGCCAGCGAACAUGAUCGUAUUGCAUAUUUGAAAACAAUCAAUUUCCCCAAAAGAGGGUUAGGUUUAAAAACUGUUGAUGAAAUUGAAGAGUUAUUAUCGGCAAAUAAAGACUAUUCAAUCCACGAAGUUUUGAAAAUGAUAUCAGAGCUGAGAAUACAAAGUAAAUUAUCGACCAAGAAUAAACUGGAGCUAGGUAAAUAUUUGGAUAUUGUCGAAACUUGUCGAGUUUUACAAUCAAAUGAAGGAGACUCCCAGAACACAAUGAUGUCAUUAUUCACGAAAUUGUAUGAACUAUCUGGGUUGAAAAAUGAAUUCAAAGAAGUUGAAGGCGCUGAUCUGAAUAUUCUCGAAGUUCAAAGACAACUCUGUGAGUUUGUCCCCAUUGACGAUAAACUUCCAGUUUAUCCCGAAGAAGGUGUGACAGAUGAAGACACAAGAAAUCUUCUAGAACGGUUUAUUCAAUCGAUUGGUCUUUAUGAAGCCGAUAAUGAAGACCUGAAGUCGAAAAAGGAGACAUCAAUAUCAUUAUCCACCAUUCAUGGAUCUAAGGGAUUAGAAUGGCCCAUUGUAUUUGUUCCUGGACUUUCAGAAGGUAUUCUUCCCGCUAAAUUUGCAUUAGAUUCAGGAGGUGAAGAUUCUGUGAAUGAAGAACGUAGAUGUUUCUAUGUUGCUACAACCAGGGCCAAAUUGUUAUUGUAUAUAUCUGCAUUCACUGAAGAUCGUGAAAGAUGGGGUCGUCAACCGAUUUCAGAAGAGUCUCGCUUCAUAAGACCCGUGUGUCUGAAAUUACCCUCGCUGCAAAUUGCCAUUGAAUCAUUUGAAUCAAUGAAAGAAUUGUAUGAGAUUCGUAACGGAAACAUCCCAAUAGAGUUAAAGAAACUGUUACAAACAUUCAAGCAAGGAAUGGAGCUUAAAUUGAAAGCACAUUUAAUGGGAGAAAGUAUAUCCAUCGGAGAGGAAGAUUAUUAUUCGACCAAACCAUCUGCACCAGGGUUUAAUAGUGCAAAGAAUCAAAUUAAUAUGAAUGAUUCUAAAAGAAGACAAAUAAAUAAUAUAGAUGUUGUGAAGAAGAGGAAAGAAGUGAAGGGUAUUGACACAUACUUUAAGAGAACAAAGAAUGAUAUCUCAAUUAAGAAAAUAGUAGCGCCAGUGAAAGUUAGUUCAAUGAGUUCUACUACAAAUAAAGCACCAGCGUAUAUUCCUAUUAGGAAAGUUCCAGCAUCGUACCUGCGUAUCAAAAGAUUACAUGCACCAGGUAACAAAGAGACAACAAGUCCGAAAUAG